UACACACGUACUGUAUUGUGGCUCUGUCUAUUUUCAUAAAAUUUCCUGAUUAACAUUGAGUGUUAAAUUUGUACUAUCACUUCAUUCCUAGUGUAACAACAUGGGUUGUAAUUUAUAAUUGGUUGAAUAUCUGAUAAAUCUCAAAGUAAUUCAAUAAAUUCGAUUUUAUUAGUGGAUAAAUUUUGAAGUGUAUAAACUAAAUUCGAAUUACGGGCACAGUGACUGGUAUAUGUGUGCUCAGGCACAGCUUAUUACUAUACAGCUUAUUGCUAUAGAAACUUUGUUUACUCUGAGCUGCGUCUGUUUAUUACCUAUAUAAACUUUAAAUACACUUAGUAAUAGUAUCAUCUUAUUAUAUCACUGAUGACGGACUUAUGUAUUGCCUGUAAAAAACCAACAAAUACUCCAGCUGUUUGUUCUUCUUGUCAACGGACUUAUCACUUAGAUUGUUUGCGAAAUUGUAUGAAAAUCAAGUCAUUAUAUCACUGUUGUGCUACAAAUCUCAAACAUUUAUUGACAACUGGUGAGAUAAAGACUCGUAGCAAGUCAAUCCCCGAUAAACAAACAAAAAACCAAAUAAUUUCUCCAGCUAGUAAUAAAGCAGUCACCAACAAACAAGCAAAUACACAAAAAACUUCAUCAACAAGUUUGAAAUCUCCUCUCACAUUACAACUAGGUAUCAAUAUUGCAAAGACCUCAGAAACUAAAGGCAAAGAUUCAGGAUUGAAAAAUAAGCAUCUCACUAGAAGUUCAUCUACAUCUAGUAGUAAAUCUGUUACUUCACCGCUGCAAUCACCGAUAACGCAGUCUACUUCAUCAAUCGCUCUCACUGAUUCAAACAUGUCCUUAGAUUCAAUAGUGUCUAAGGCAGCUCUCCAAAGUCUUCCAGAAAACUGGGAGACACAAAAUACGGAUGAAAAACUGACUUCGAUGAUGAACUUUUUUCUUACUUCUAAUCAUUCGAUGACUGAGAAAUUAAACUUGAUCGAUAAACGAUUGGAUUCACUGCAGCUAAAUGUUUCUUCAAAUACUGCCAGUAUCUCGGAACUCAGAGAAGAAUUAAAUAUUCAAAAGUCAAAAACAGCAACUGAUUCAAAGCUGUUUAUUGAUGAAUUAUCAAAGCUCAAGACACAAGCUAUGCUUUACAUCCAGAUAGCUCAUCAUCUACAAGAACUUCUUCAACAUCAAAAUUAG